AGAGAGGUAACCUGCACCUGCACAUGAAGGACGCCUCUCCAGCUCUCUGUUUCUUUCCCGUUCUUCUAUAAUAGGAUAAUGAAUAGAGUAGUGCAUGCUUUUACUGGAUGAGCGAGGACGCUUUCAGAGGUCAGUGAGUGGAAGACCCGGAGAGAAAGUUUGAUGCGCGGCUCCGCUCCGAGCAGCAGCUGGACUCUGAGCGCCAGAGAUGCUUUGACAAAAACUGGGAAUAUCUGAGCCAAAAUACUUCUUUGCCUUCGAGAAACUGAGAUAUUACAGACAUGGAUCAGAAGACAGCAUGUGCUGGAUGCCACCGGCCGAUUAGGGACAGGUUCCUGCUCAGAGUCAGUGAUGGCCUCUGGCAUGAGGGGUGCAUGCGGUGCGCAGCGUGCGGGGAGCCGCUCAGGAACUCCUGCUUUCUGCGGGACAGCAAACUUUUCUGCAGGCGGGACUAUGCUGAUCUGUUUGCAGUCCGAUGUGGGGGCUGUGCAGAGGCCAUCUCCCCUGCAGAGCUUGUGAUGCGAGUCGGGGCAGCCGCAUUCCACCUGCACUGCUUCACCUGCAAAGUUUGUUCCCGCCGCCUGCAGACUGGAGAUCGCUGCGUCCUCAGGGAGGGGCAGCUUCUAUGUGCUAGAGAGGACUACCAUCAGUGUCUGGACAGUCCAGUAUCUCCAGAUGCAGGAGGUGAAAGUGAUGAUGUUGAAGAGGAAGUGUUGGAGCGAGUUGUACACACUAUUUCGAAAAGGCGAGCUGGUGCAGAUAAUCCAGAAAGCAAACGUCCCAAAAGACCCCGAACCAUUCUGACAACGCAGCAAAGACGCACCUUUAAGGCUUCCUUUGAAGUCUCAUCGAAGCCUUGUCGGAAGGUAAGGGAGACCUUGGCAGCGGAGACAGGCCUCAGUGUCCGGGUUGUGCAGGUCUGGUUCCAGAACCAGAGGGCUAAAAUGAAGAAAUUGGCUAGAAGACAGCAGCAGCUGGAACAGCAGAACACUCAGGAGCAGUGUGAACUCCCAACAGUGCCCUCCUGUGGCAGUUUGGCCACAGAGCCGCAGCGCCUUGGGCCAGCCUUUGCCCAUGUUCAUAUGGGGCUCACCUCUCUGGACCAGCAGGACUGGGACAUGGACCCCUUCAGACAGGACCUGACCCCACCCCAGAUGCCAGGGGAUCAUAUGCACCCUUAUGGUCUUCGGAGCUUGUACGGAGACACGGACAGGGAACAUCUAUGUCAUGUUACUGACGACUGUCUAUCUUUGGCUGGAUCUUCUCCUCUGACUCCUAUUGACUGCCUCUACUCCAUGCAAGACUCUUACUUUGCUUCCUGAUAUUUGAGUUAGGCUCAGAAAGAAGGGGCAUGGCACCCUGGAGAUGAUCUGAUCUGCCCAGGCUAGUUAAGCCAAGGAAUGUAAAUUGGAGAAAUGGACAUGGACACACUGUGAUGUUAUGUUAUUUAUCAUAUUCCCUUCUAGAUGAGCAUUGUCACAUAACUGCCUUUGAUGCAUAUCUGCUGUUCAGCACAACUAAUUAGCAUAUAAACCAUGCAAGCAUGAUGCUGCUUCCCUCAACUUUUACAAUUAUACGUUAAUGUUCCUCCCUCUAUUGAUGUAAAUACUUACCUGGAAGUGUAUUUAUUCUCCCAAUGUGUGUCUAUGCUGUUCAUUCAUAAUAAUAAAUAUGUCCAGAAAGGUUACAUGCAGGUCAUUGCCUAUCAGUCCCAUCUAAAUAAAGGUUCAGCGGAUCUUCUUCCACUGGGCAUUGGGUGGACAGUGAAAUGUAAAGCUUUCACUGCGGUAUGGGUCAGCGGCAGGUAAGCGUCGCAUCCAUGCCGUCUUUAUCAACGAUCACAUUGUGCUUGCAUUCUUCUACCUCCUCCUUCUUCUAGUGGGUGAGGGUAGAGGGUGAGGUGGUGGGACCACCCAGGCGUUUUGCCCAACUGGAAUGCUUCCAAUCCUUUGGAUGGGAGGCUGACAAACCCUCAGAAUUGACGGGGCACCAGACAACAGAGAGGCUGGGAGCUGUGUCAGGAGAGAAUGCCCAGCGUGACGUGAAGAUAUGAAGCCCCGCUGUACGGAUUGCCGUCUUGCCCCUGCCGUGAACCCUCUCCUGGACUGAUCUCACAUUUCCCACUAUGAAAUCAGACCUCGCAGAGCAGAGAGCGCAAGCCAUUGGUCAGGAACAAUCUAAGUGUCUGUCAGCAUGGUGAUCUGCUGCCAAGCAGAGAGCUAUAGAAGUGUGCUGCAGAGAAUAUCUUUGUGUGAGUCCUUUUGUAUCUGCUCCAAGUAUCUGCUGGCUUUUGCAUGAAGCAAAUGCAACACUGUUUACCACAAGAUGACCUCAU